GUAUAUUAUGCUAUAGGCAAAAUAGUAUCUGGCGAAAUCUAUAUUACACGCUGGUAAAUCAUAAGAAAAAGCGUAAAUAUGGUAAAAUCCAAAAUCAAAAUUGAUAUGUGAUAUUAAAAAAAAUAAAUAAAUAACAGAAUGAGUUUAUGCACUCUUUAUUAUUGCAAAAGCUGGUCGAUUGUAUUUUAUUAACCUCGGGCAGCUUUUGUAAUUAAUCAGUGAGUUAAUAUCCUCAAUUCGAUAUAAAAAAAUAGCCAACCGAUUAUAAAAUGAGUUCGGAUGACAUAUGGGUACGGAAUAAGUUGCCAAUUGUCUACUCAAAGAAUUAUUCAGUUCACUUUGCUGGUCUCGAAAAGCUUCAUCCUUUCGAUGCAGCCAAAGGAAAGCAUGUCCACCAGUUGUUGUGCACAGAAUUAACUCUGAACAGUGGGGAUUUCUACAGCCCCACAGAGAUUACCAAGGAACAGCUACUGCGCGUACACACUCCCAAGUAUUUGAAAUCCCUGAAAUGGAGUGCCAAUGUCGCUGGCAUUGCAGAGGUUCCGGCCCUGAUCCUUAUGCCGAAUUUCACUGUGCAGAGUGGAUACCUACGACCGAUGCGAUACCAAACAGCUGGCUCAAUAUUAGCUGGUAAAUUGGCUUUGGAGUAUGGUUGGGCUAUUAAUUUGGGUGGCGGAUUUCAUCACUGUUGCUCCUACAAGGGAGGUGGCUUUUGCCCAUAUGCAGAUAUUACAUUACUAAUAUUGCGUUUAUUUGAACUGGAAUCAGUUCGCGUGAAACAAGCUAUGAUUAUCGAUCUGGACGCCCAUCAAGGAAAUGGUCACGAGCGAGAUUUUAAGAACGUCGAUUCUGUAUACAUACUAGAUAUGUACAAUGCGUCCAUAUAUCCAAAAGACAACGAAGCUAAGCCAUCCAUACGUUGCGGAGUUGAAUUGCGGCAUAUGACGGAAGAUGCUUAUUAUUUGGGGCAACUAAAUCGUUGCCUUAUGCAAGCUGUAUCUGAAUUUAAGCCGGAUGUUGUAAUAUUUAAUGCUGGCACCGAUAUUUUGAAGGGCGAUCCACUGGGAAAUUUAGCUAUUACCGCAGAUGGUGUUAUUGAAAGGGACCUCAUGGUAUUCAGUACUUUCCGGGCUCUUGGAAUACCUGUGGUCAUGUUACUAAGCGGUGGUUAUAUGAAGUCUUCGAAGCGUGUAAUAGUCGAUUCAAUUGUAAACCUUCGACGGCAAGGAUGGCUGAGGGCAAACUAAAUGAGUAUUUCAAGUAGCAGACAUAAACCUUCCAAAAAUUAUGCUAGAAACAAUGAAUGAAAUUUAAGAGUUAGUAUUUAUACGAGAAGGUGGUAUAAAAUUUACAGCGCAACGCAAACCUUUAAACAUAUAUAUAAUAAAUCUGAAAUCAGAUUGUUAGAUCAAUUUAUUGUUUAAUUUGAUUUGGCAAAUUAGUACAAUUAAAAACUGACGAUGUUAUAAUACAA